CAUUCUGUUUAUGGGGCAUUGUGUUUUAGUGGGAGACAGCCCUAUAAGUUCGAAGUUUCAAUGAAAAAUCUUAAAAUUGUAUUAGAACGACCUGCAUUGAUGUCACCCACCAAAUCUUCACAUGUCCAAAACACUUUAAAAAGGUUCAUAUCAUUAUGAUUCAGUAUUAAUUCAGUUUUACACGAGAGGACAAUAUAUAGAUUAAUAGAUAACACUGCCAUAUAUAACUGUAAAUGGGCAUUUUGAGCUGUAAGUAGUUUGAAGAAGGAUGCAUUUUACAUUGAGGAUGUAUAAAGAUAAUUAACAAUAGUUUUUUCCAGGUACACAGAGGCAUUGUAGACCUUGCAUUGCAGUGCUAACAGCUGUUCAGCCUACAAGCCAGCAAGUGCCAUCCCUCUGAAGGCAGAGGAGCAAAAACACUAUGAAAAGGGUGAGAGGGGUCUCUUAUGAUAGAACGUGCUCUCCUGACACACUGCUUGUUGUCGAUGUCCUGGAUGGGGGCCAGCAGAUCCUGUUAUGAACAGCGGAGAUCUCCAAGAUGUGUGAGGUGGACGUUCCUUCUGAGCCCACCAGCCCAACACUGUAUAGAGAAUCGUCUGAUACUUACUACCAUGUGGACCGCUGGCAGAAUCUACGCACAGCCGUUCGCAAGCUAGAAUUCUGGGAAAACUUCACUCAUGAGCUAAUUGGCAGUGGCUUCUUCUCAAAAGUUUACAAGGUGAUCCAUAAUAACACUCAGAAAGUGAUGGUAAUAAAGAUUUAUAAGAAUGAUGUGGACCAAGACAGCAUUGUACGAGAAAUCAGCCUUCUGCAGAAACUCUCUCACCCCAACAUAGUGAGGUAUCUGGGUAUUUGUGUCAAAGAGGACAAGCUGUACCCAAUUCUGGAGUAUGUUAGUGGAGGAUGCUUAGAGGAGAUGUUGGCCAAGAAAGAUGUGCCUUUGUGUUGGCGAGAGAAAGUAGACCUGGCCUCUGACAUCACAAGAGGGAUGAUUUAUUUGCACUUCAAAAACAUCUACCACAGAGAUCUCAACUCUAAGAAUUGUCUGAUAAGGGUGACCGCAAGAGGCAAAGAGGCACUGGUCACUGAUUUUGGCUUGGCUAGAGAAGUUGUAGAACUUCCUGCAAAGGACAGGAAGCUUUCACUUGUGGGCUCCGCCUUCUGGAUGGCCCCUGAGAUGCUCCGUGGGGAACCAUAUGACCGUAAGGUGGAUGUGUUCUCAUUUGGAAUUGUGUUGUGUGAAAUUCUGGCUAGGGUCCCAGCCGACCCAGAAAUCCUUCCAAGAACUCAGGACUUUGGCUUAGAUGUGUCCGCAUUCAGGAAAAUGGCCAGUGGGUGUCCUCAGCAUCUUUUGGAGCUGGCAGCCAGCUGCUGUCUGUUAGAAGCUUUUCGAAGGCCAUCUUUCUCAGAGCUCCAGGAGGAAUUAGGUGAAAUUGCUGAAACUUUGGAGCCUCCUCACACUGAUCUCUCCACAGGUUGAGCUGCAGCAAGUCCUCCCAUCUGUUCUGCAGUGGACAUGAACAGCUGGAGUUCUGUACACAGACAGAGCUUAAUGACAAAUACAAAUGCAGCUGAACUGAACAUUUCUUUUAGAGCUGUUUGCAUUAAAAGAGCAGAUCAACAAAAAGGUCACAUAAUUUAUUAUGGACGCUCAUCAGGUAAUAAGACAUACCAUCAUUACAGUUCAACUCAGCACAGCUGUACAUAGUAUAUAAUGUACAGUAAUGGUAUACAAAUAGAAAUGUGUUUUCAGGUUUCAGCUACAGUGUUAGCUGUUUGCAGUGUCAACCUUUACAAAGCCACAGACUGUAAGAGACUGUAAACAAAUCAUUGUUUCUGUUUUUAUAUUAAUACUUUUAAAUCUAAAAUCACCCUAAAUCAGACUUCAAUGGCUACUAUAACCAAUUAUAUGAAAAUAAUUAACUUAAAUGUCACAAAGUAUGUCAUUGGUCUAAAGGCUUUGGUAAAUGUAUACAGUACAUAGCCAGUUUUGAUUUAAAUUGUCUAUGAGAAAGUUAUUUGUAGGUAUUUUGGUGCUAAAGACCUUUUUUCUUUUAAAUAUAAUGAAUUUCAGUUGCAAAAGUAUCAAAAACAUGCAAGAUUGUUCCACCAAACAGCUUAUCUUAAAACAUUUCUUGAAGUCACUGAACAUAAUAUAGUAAGGUGGGGCUGCAAUCUAGGCCUUUGCUAUAAAUUCACUGGGGCCGAGACACAUUUUUACCAAUGUAGGCUACCAUAGAGGUCCACUUCCCAUACCACUUGAUUCCCCCUCAUCACAAGACACAUCAAUGUAACUGAUUGCAUAAUUUGGCACAUUUAAAGGCCAUUCAGACAGAUCAUGUUACUGCAUUAGAAAGCUAGAUGCUGUUCAAUGAUGUCUUGAGACGUGCUAUUACAAUGUUAAAUCUACAAUGUCUUAAAGACAUGAUGCUCAAUGAGUGAGAUGCUGAAAAAACAGCAAGCAUCAAAGGCAUCUGUCUAGUCAUGCAUGUUUACAUAGAAAAUUAAAACACAGAAAUGUAUGCAAUAGCAUUCUGUAUGAAUGGCACGUUGUUGUUUUAUUUGUACUUUUUUCUUGUUAUUUGUUUUAAUUUAUUAGUUCAGUAAAAGCUGUUUUUUAUUUAAAUUUUUUUGUGAAUUGCCUCUUAACAUUAAAGUUAACAUUAACAAAAGCUACAUUCAGUGCCUCAAAGAGGAUGCUAGUGCUUUCCUCUAGUCUUGGAAAUCUCUUGGAGAGAAAUAUGUCAUGCUAACCUCCCUGUCCCUUGAAAUCAGGGCUGAUCUUUCAGUAGUUUGUAGUGUUUUUGUAAUACAUAUUAUAUAAAGAUGAAGGGAAACUUAUUUGAAUGGUGUGUAUAUUUUUCAAAUAAAGCAUUGGAA